AUGCCACACGGUGGUGAGGAAAUCGGAAUCGAAAUGGAGGAGGUUGUGCAGAUAUGCUACACAAUUUUUCCGCUAUCACCCUCAAUGAAUUUCAAUCUCUCCCUCUUAAGUCGUUCUCCUCUGCUAAUCCACCCCUUGCAUCUUAUGCAUUGCAUGAAACAAAAUGACAUCGAGAUUUACAUCUAGAAGGGUGAUCGUAACAGGUUUGCAUUGGAUAUUGGGAAAGCAGUCAGGUGGAUGUCGAGGAGGAUGAUGUCGACAGAACUCAGGUUGCACAAGACCACACCAUCACCAGCACCGCGAAGACAGACGAGCAGUUGCCCAGCUCCUCCACACGACCUUCGAUGGCCCAACGGGAGGGGAAACACCGGAGGCCCGUUUCCGGCAUGCCUCCGCCGAAAGGAGCCGGCAAGAAGGGAGGUGCGGUGGGGAAAAAGGCGAAACCUCCACCGAAAAUCGUCGAUGAACCGGUGGACGACAGCGAGGAAGAAGAGGAGGACGAGAUAUCCAGGAGCAAAAAGCCUGCGUUUUAACUUUAUUUUGUCAAGAAAAGUAUAGCUGUAGAACUAGAACGAGAAAUAGGCACACACUUUUUUGCAGCUAUGACAAAGGGCUGACGAAUUCAAUUCGUUCAUCUUGGUUGCGGGUCAUCAUGACAGACGUGCUUAUUCAUAUUGCUAUUUGCAGGGGUACUAGGACUAGCCAUAGACAUAGGUUGGGUUUCCACGAAGUAGCAGAACGUGCAAAAAAAUAAAUCGAUCUCCACGACUCAUGGUGUUGGUGGCCGCAACAGCGAGAGACUGUGUGAACAUAUGCAUUUCCUGCGAGGUCAUCGGCAUGACAAGAACUACCUUGCCGGUAAGUAUCUACUUCUCUACGACGCAGCCCCCUCUGUCUUCCAGGCUGCACGCAAAUUAUGAAUACAAAGCUACGCCUAAAAGUAAAAAUGCAGUAGUUUUUUGCCUGGAUAUCAAGACGACGGCGACUCCUGGUAUUCGGAGAGCGAGGAGGGGCAAACCUGGGGCGAAUGGAUGUCCGAGACGAACGAUUUCACGGGGUGGCGGCUUCUCAAGCGCGCCGGCUUUGCCGGGCUGGUUGGGAUUUUGUUCGGUGUCCUGCUGGCAGUGGUGAUCAAAAGUGCGGAAGAACCGGAGCAAAUCAGCGGCGACCCGUGUCUAUCCAGUCGUGCAUCCAAAGUAUCGUGCUCGUACGUCGUGAAUUCAUUGCAAUAUUUUUACGAUGACAUCAAACCUAGUUAUUUCUUGUUAGCUGAAUCGGUAUGACAAGCCGUAUUUUUCCUUCUGAGAAAAGUGGUAACGCAAUUGAUCCUAAGUACUAGCGCGAUCAUUAUAUUUUUGCAAUGCAUAGCACCCUGCGGACAGCACCGCCCCCGCACCGACACCUGCCGCCACGUCGCCGACACCGACACCUGCCGCCACGUCGCCGACGCCGACACCUGCCGCCACGUCGCCGACGCCGACACCUGCCGCCACGUCGCCGGCCCCUGCGCCAGUGACUGGCACCUGUCCGUACGUGGGCACGCAGCCCGCUUACGCCGUCAUCGGUGUGACGGAGGAUUGUACCGCUCGUGACGAUAUCACAUGUUGCAAAUUAUAUGUCGUCUGGGUCUGGUGCUGGAAGAGGAAGAAAAAGAGUCAUGAAUCAUGCAUCGUCUAGGACGGAUAGAUUCAUAGCCUGGAACACACGCAAAACAUAAAAAUUUCACCGCCUUUCUUGACAAGGCUUCUUGUCCUUAAUGCCAACGACAACGUCGCCGCGUUGAGGAAUAUUAACUCGCUAUUUGUGUAGCAAAAUAAAGUGCACAGCGACAGCGUUUCUUGACGCUCAUGCAAAUAAGUAUACAAGUUUUUAUAUAAAUUUACUCUGUCUGCUCGAGUCUACUUAUUUACUUACUUGUUCCAGACUCAGCCUACAUAUUUGCGAUGCAUAGCCGAGAUGUCCAUCAAAGUGACGGAAGGCGCGGGCGAGGGCGUGGUGGUGACCCGCGAGCUGAUCUUGGACGCGAAUUGGCUCUGGGCGAGCACGAAGGACGCUGGCCAGAAAAACUGCUACGGUGGCAAGACCUGGGGCGGCACCGGAUGCGAAAAGUGCAACCCCAAGGACUCGGUCGCGCCCGGCGGGCCGAACGCCGCAGACGAGGAAUACUCGAAGGCGUGCGGGGAGCAGAUGCAGGUGAACUAUCCUACCACGGCCCAGCUGAAGGACACCUACGGGCUCCACAUGGACGCGGACAAAAAGGGGUUCACCAUCGACUUCUACACGCAAACACAGUACGGCGCCACCGUCGGGGGCCGGUACUUCAUCGGUGCGGGGGUGGGGAGUAUGAAGUACAAGCUGUACAACCUGAUGAACAUGCAGUUCAGCUUCACCACCGACGUGUCUUCUCUGGAGUGCGGGUUGAAUGGUGCGCUCUAUUUCGUCAGCAUGGAGGAAGACGGCGGCUACUCGAAGGGCAACCCGGGGGCGGACUACGGCAGCGGCUACUGCUAUGCAGCGGAAGAUUUUUUUUUCUUUACUCGACACGACGUUGUGGCUGUACAGAAAAAGUGGCCGAAGUGCUGACUUGAUGCAGCUUGGAGCAUGAUCGGUCCGUGCUGCUGACCACGUCUUUUGUCUUUUCUAACUACAGGAGUCUGUCGCACCAGGGUAUUAAGGAUUAGAAAUGAAUUAUUUUAUCGAAGCAGCGAUCGAAUGCGAAUGCCACAGAAAACGAUAACUCGGUGCAACUUGCAGCACACAGAAAAAACUUAAACUUCUGAUGUAUCUAUUUGUGCGUUGUGUGCGGUAAAUUAAACUUUGUGCUGCAUAAGUUCGACGCACAGUGCCCACACGAUGUGAAGUACAACGAACUUCGGGCAACCGGGAAACAUCAAUUUUCCGACCGACAUGUCGAAAUACGACGCGGCCGCAAUCCAGAAGAUCGCCGACAAAUCGCCGAGUUUUUUUGGAAAAGUUGGUACUUCUGCGCCAUAAUGUAUCUUCAAUACCUUGAAUUUUUUGUUGAUCGGUGCAGUACGGAUGAGGAGGUAGUGUUGCGCCUUUCUGAAGCCAGGGUUGAUUGGAGGCUUCGGCUUUCCUUCUCUCAGGCAACUCCCCGAGCUCGGCUGGUUCACAGCUAA